AUGCGAAAAAAAAAGCAAACAAACAAACCUCAAUCCCAGAAUUCCAAAGCAAGUCUUCCUCUCUCUCUCUCUCUCUCUCUCUCUCUCUCUCUCUCUCUCUCUCUCUCUCUCUCUCACUUCAGUACCUGCCUUAACAGAGAUCGAGCAUCAACACAUAUCUAUGUGAACCCGAAUCCGGAUAUGCCUUUGCUAAACCGGAAAUCCUUUCUUUCCUUCUUUAUAUUGUUCUUCUUUCUUUCUUUCUUUCUUUCUUGCUCUUUUUUAUGCUUUCAUUUUUGUCAAUUCUUUUUAUUUCUUUUUCCAUGUCCUUUCUUUCCUUUGUUUCUUUGUUUUCUUCUUUCUUUCUUUUUCUUUCUUUCUUUCUUACGUUUUUUCCAUGUUCUUUCUUUCUUUCCUUUUUCAUUUCCUUUCUUUCUUUCCACCUAUUUUUAUGCAUUCCAUUUUCUUCUUUUCGUAUACUUUCCUUCCUUAUUUCUUUCUUUCUUUCUUUCUUUCUUUUCUUUCUAG